AUGGCUUACACUAACAAAGUCUCCGCGGCCGCAGCGGUUACAACAGCGGUGCUAUUUUUAAUGCUUACGAUCUCUCCUCGGUGGACCCAGGCACAACAAUUGCCGUCAAUGCCAAAGAUAAAUCCAGUGUGCGCAUUCAUGGAUGUCCCUAAAACCGUCCAACUUUGCUACUUAUCGGGGAAUGUGGUGCCAUCUGAGGAAUGCUGCAACGAUCUCAAAUCCGCGAGCACAACAAAAGUGACUUGUCUCUGUGACAAUUUCAUUACGCUUCCUUCUAACUCCAAUUUCACUGGAGCUCUCUUCAACAUAGUCCACGCCACCUGUGGCGUUGCUGACAAAAUGGCCUGUAAAGGAUCAGGAGGCGCCAACGGAGGAGCAACGAACAAGAUUGCUGCAUCAAUGGGUCUAUUUGGUUUGGUUGCAAGUUUGUUCUUUUAA